CUCUCAUCUCAAAGCGUCCUCUAAACCUAACCCUCUUAUUCAUCAAGAAAACAGAAUAAAAGAAAAGAAAAGCCUCAUCUCCAUCUCUCUUUCUUUGAGCUCUCUGUGACACUUAUAGAUAUUACUAUGAUUUGGAAAACAGCUAGUGCUUCGGAGUACCUAGCCAUCACUGGCUGGGGCAUCACUGACAUACGUUUGGCCAAGAAAUCAUGGGUUUUUCCCGGGCAACGGUACACCCGACUCGACAUGUCCCCAGUCAACUACACGUUCGAAGUUCAAGGCAUGUCCGCCGAGAAACUCCCUUUUGUUCUCCCCGCAGUCUUCACUAUCGGUCCUCGGGUCGACGACAUGGACAGCCUCCUUCUCUACGCUACGCUCCUGUCCAAUCAUGACAAGCGCUCCAAACAUGUUGAUGAACUCGUUCAGGGUGUCAUUGAGGGUCAAACCCGAGUUCUCGCUGCAUCCAUGACCAUGGAACAGAUCUUUAAGGGUACCAAGGAGUUCAAGAAAGAGGUUUUUGAAAAGGUUCAACUUGAAUUGAAUCAGUUUGGACUUCUCAUCUAUAAUGCUAAUGUCAAACAACUUGGGGAUGUGCCUGGCCAUGAGUAUUUUUCAUACCUUGGCCAGAAAAUCCAGAUGGAGGCUGCCAAUCAAGCCAAGAUUGAUGUUGCUGAGGCUAAGAAGAAGGGUGAGAUUGGAGCAAAGGAGCGCCAAGGCCUAACAUCACAAAACGCUGCCAAAAUUGAUGCUGAGACUAAGAUCAUAACGACUCAAAGGUUAGGAGAUGCCCAAAAGGAGGAAAUUAACGUUAAGACUAGUGUGGAACUAUAUAAGAACCAGAAGGAAGCUGAGUUGGUCAAGUCGAAGGCUGAGUUGGCCACCAAAAAUGCUGGGUGGUCUCAAGCCUCUCAGUUGGCGGAGGUGGAGUCGGCAAAGGCGGUGGCCAUAAGGGAGGCUGAGUUACAAACUGAGGUGGAGAAGAAGAAGGCAUUGAAUCAGACUGAAAAACUCAGGGCCGAAUUGCUGAGCAAGGCAGCAGUGGAGUAUGAGACUAAGGUGCAAGAGGCAAAUUGGGAUCUGUACAAGAAACAAAAAGCAGCGGAAGCAGUUCUCUAUGAGGCACAGAAAGCUGCUGAGGCACAGAAGGUAAGCGCAGAUGCCAAUUUUUAUGCCCGCCAACAAGCUGCGGAGAGUGAGCUGUAUGCAAAGAAAAAAGAAGCUGAAGGGAUCGCUGCACUCGCACAAGCUGAAGGCUUUUACCUGAACACCCUAUUGAAACAAUUGGGAGGAAAUUACACCGAACUAAGGGACUACAUGAUGGUCAACAAGAAUAUGUACCAGGACAUUGCCAGGAUUAAUGCUCAGGCUGUGAAUGGAAUGCAGCCCAAAAUUAGUGUUUGGUCUAACGGAAAAGGCGGCAAAGAUGGUGCAAAUGGGGCAAUGAAAGAUGUUGCUGGGGUAUAUAGCAUGUUGCCACCAUUGCUAAAGACUGUGCAUGAGCAGACUGGGAUGCUUCCACCGGCUUGGCUAGCCACAUUGAGUGAUGUUACUCAUGAAUCUAAUUAGUCUGUUUGGUUUUUAAGUAUAGUACCAUUGAAACAAUGCUAGCUAUGAUAGAACUUACCAAUAUUUGUUUAGUUUUACUCUUACAUAGAGGGCAAGGAACAUUGUGUAAAUGUUUAUAAGUUUGCUUUACGUUGAUACUAAUUUGAUGAUUUAUACGGAUCGGUUUGCUACUUUCGGUAAA